GCUAUUCUUAAUUCCCGUCAUUCCCUCGCUUUCUUGAAAGAACACACACACAGAUCCACACACACGCAAUACACACACAGAGACAUCAGAAUGAGUGAGUACCAGUUAGACGCUGGUCUGCUGACCGUCACGGACGUGUCCACCGUGAGCGGCCCCAUGCGCCGCGAGGAGGAACUCAUGGACUCGUGCACCAACGCCCUCAAGGCCCUUUUAGGCGAGUUUGUCGACAUGCCGACGGAGGUGAAGAAGAGCAAGUACGAGAGCGCCACCACCUUAGUGCAGCUGCCGCAGCCGGUGAUGCAGCUGCCGCGUGAGAAGGCGCCGCCGAGGCCGAAGCCGCUGACGGCGUGGCAGAAAUUUGCACUCAAGAAAGGCAUCGACAUCCACCGCAAGAAGACCAACCGCGUCUUUGACGAGGACCGCCAGGAGUGGAAGGACAAGUGGGGCAAGCGCGCGCGCGAGGAUCGCGAGAAGUACGACUGGCUGCGUGAGGUGAAGCCCGGCUACGUGGCUGCCGAGGCAGGCGGUGACCCGUUCCUCGAUGACCGCCGCACGAAGCAAGCCCGUCUAGAGAAGCAGAAGAAGAAAGAGGACCACAACAAGCGCCGCGCGGAGCACCUGAUGCAGUCGCAGGAGGAGGUGAAGCAUCUCUCCGCAGCGGCGCGCAACUUAGCCACGGCGUCGAACGGCAAGUUUGAGCAGGCGAAGAGGUUCAAGAAGAACACAAAGAAGAUGGCGUCGUAG